AUGCCUGCAGCUCACAACACCGUGCAGCAUAACAAUGCAGCUCACAACAACGUGCAGCAUAGCGACGCAGCUCACAACGACGUGCAGCAUAACAAUGCAGCUCACAACACCGUGCAGCAUAACGAUGCAGCUCACAGCAACGUGCAGCAUAACGAUGCAGCUCACAACACCGUGCAGCAUAACAAUGCAGCUCACAACAACGUGCAGCAUAGCGACGCAGCUCACAACGACGUGCAGCAUAACAAUGCAGCUCACAACACCGUGCAGCAUAACGAUGCAGCUCACAACGACGUGCAGCAUAACAAUGCAGCUCACAACAACGUGCAGCAUAGCGAUGCAGCUCACAACGACGUGCAGCAUAACGAGGCAGCUCACAACACCGUGCAGCAUAACGAUGCAGCUCACAACAACAUGCAGCAUAACGAUGCAUAUCACAACGACGUGCAGCAUAGCGAUGCAGCUCACAACGACGUGCAGCAUAACGAGGCAGCUCACAACACCGUGCAGCAUAACGAUGCAGCUCACAACAACAUGCAGCAUAACGAUGCAUAUCACAACGACGUGCAGCAUAGCGAUGCAGCUCACAACAACGUGCAGCAUAACGAUGCAGCUCACAACAACGUGCAGCAUAACGAUGCAUAUCACAACGAUACAUCAUGA